UUUGUUUAACAUGUUUAAAAAACAAAAACACAUGUCUGGCUUGCAAAUAUGUGUAGUUGGUUUAUCUAGACCUCGUUUCAGUUUUGCACAGGCACUCAGUUAUAUUACUCAGGUUCUGUCAGGUUUUAUGGGUUGGUUGUUCUUGAUGCAUUGUGUCAGUUACCGUCCUCAUUUCUGAAUUGCUGAGACACAGGGAACUGCUCUGAAUGCUGAGCCUGAAAUUCUUGUGCUGUCUUUUUCUGAUCCUGAUACUGUAAUUAUUCCAGUCAAAGGGCACCUGCUGUUUUAACAAUCACUGUGACUUAACACUGUGAAGUGACUCAAAGGUGAAAGGAGUACAUUCUCAUCUUGUAAUUGACCUACAAGCAAGUUGAAGAAUUAAAAAACGGAUGCCUCUAUUUUACAUAUUGGUUAUGUGUGGUUUUAUAGGGCAAUUACAUGAUAUGCUGAUUAAAGUAAUGCACAUAAUUAUUUGCUGAAAAGGCCCUCAAAUAACUAAUUCAAUAUAUGAUUCAAUAUUUAUAUUCUAUUAUGUAUUAUAAAAAUAAUAAUUCAGGUAGUUAAAAUGCAUGACAUAAUUGUGGCAGACAUUGAUAAAACAAUACAAAAAGUGGCUUUAGAAGGCAAUAUAUUGUUCAAUAAAAUGGAAAUAAACAUAAGCUUAUCAUUGGCCUAAAGGCCACAGCAAUCCAUUUCGCAACUGAAUUCGUCAAUUUGUCCGAGAUAGAUUUAUUACAAGGUUUUGUCUAAGGAUGGGUCAAUGUACAUCUGCAUCAGCCGGAUGCUUUUGGAGCAUUUCACUUUGGUUGCAUAAUGUCAGUCGCUGUGUGAAGUUAAACGCAGUUUAAAACUUAAACGCGUCUCGAGAUCCCAGCAUUUGGAAAUGUGCUCGAUCUAACUGUUUGAAUGCAAGAACAUGUUCCCAUCUUGUGCUGUUGCAAGUGUUAAAUGAGCCUGAGUUUGGUUUGUUCACUGUACAGCUGGAGUUUCGCUUACUGCCCCCUGGCGAAAAAAGGUGCCGUUUAUAGCUUGAAUUGCUCUGAUAGUAGGAAUAUUACAUUACGGUCCAGGGACAUAAUUUAUUGCCUUAAUUUAACACACUAUUUUUUUUUAAUGCAAGUAAUCGCAAUUAAUUAUGCAUUAAAUUGACAGCCCUAGUGGAUUUAUAAACUAGUUGCAUCAGUUAUGUGGUUACAAUAUUGCUGUCUUCUCACUUAUCUGGGAGUGUUUGUUGACCAGUGCGUAGAGGAUACCUGGUGUUGCUUCCCCUGAUGUUUCUCACACAUGCAAGGAGGAAAAGGUGCAUAGUAGUUGCAUCCCUCUCGGAGGCUGAACACUGUGGCUGGAAUGCUGUGGUUGCAUUUCUGUCUCUUGACCUCUUAUUCAACACACACUGCUCUCACCCAAGAGGCUUGAACUUUGUCCAUGGAUGCAAACACAUUGGCACCUGCAAGUCUUCUGCUCCUAGAGACGAGUGUGGGAGCCAUAAGCCUCUUUUCCACCAUUGAGCCGAACUGUUCUUCUUGCAAAUCCAUUCUAUUCUGUGCCGAUCCGGGCCAGCCGGUACGGUUACUGAUUUAUUUAUUUUCAAUGUGGUUCUGAAAACAGACUUCAAAUGUACACAAGAAAUACGUCAGUCAUUACCUUGGUAACGCAAGUGUUUAAGGACCACGUGAGGAGUGUUUUUACUUUGCCCAAAUAAUGCGCUUGGCCAGCUACAGAUUAAAAAAUAAAAAUAAAAAGAGUAACCUUGGCAGCUGACAAGUAACCAAUUGUGAGUCGCGACGUCACUACAGGUAUUCCAUCAGUUGUUUAACCAUGCUGAGAAUUCUGGGCCGAGAAUGGUUUCUAAUCGCGGCAUGCCGAAUCGUGCCCAGGUGGAAAAGCUGCUGUAACCAUUCCUCACAGUGCUCCAAACCGUUCGGCCCUAUGAUGGAAAAGAGACUAUUGUUCUCACAUUUUUUCCCCUCCUCUUUGCAAGCACACAAGCUGCAAUGCCCAGCAGUUAAAAAUAGAGGAAGGAAAUGCUAGAGUUGGGUGGAUGUCUCACACAAAACAAUGGAUAGUUAAACCAGUGAAGGCUUGCCUGUCAUAACUGUUUUGUGAAAGUCAUGUUGAAACCUGACUCCUGCAGAAUUUAGCUUGUUAGGAAUGUGGCGGGUUACUCUGAGGAAAUGCAGUGCCAAAUAUUUUCUGCACAAAAUUAUUGACCAUGGUUCUGCAUAAGGUAAAUUUAGGCAAAACCUCAUUACACAGGACCAAGUCUUAUGGAGGGUGUGGUAAUUUCCCUCUGGUGUUGUUUGUAGUAGACUGUGGGGGAACAAAAGUCUUGAUCCAGGCAGCUUUGCUAACAACUUUUGUUUGGGCUGGAACCGAACACGUAUUGUGGUAAUGGAGUGUAAAGCUUUAGCUUAUCCAAGGCAUGUGACCACUUGAGCAGAGACUUGCCAUUUGAAGUGGUUUAUUAAGAGAGUGAUGCUGAAUGAUUUGCUCAUUGCUCCAUUGGCCAGCCAAGUGGCUCCAGCUUGGCCUUGAGUGAGGGGCUUUUUGUUAAUGUUAUGGCAGGACACAGCUGCCUCUGUUUGCAUCUGUCUUUGUCUUUGUUUUGCUUUUACCAGCAGUAAACAGUUGAGUGAUCUCUUAAGAAAAGAGGCCUGGGCCAAGAGUAGUUGUAGCCAUUAGGUUAUGAAAACAUUUGUUUGAUUUUGCCCUGUUUUUUCCACUUGUCAUUUUUGUGGAAAAUUACGGUUAGGCAUAAGCUGAACUUUGGAACAUGGCUUUCUUUAUACCUUGUUUGUCAUACUAUAGAUGACAUUCUUUGAUGUAUCUUUGUAACUUCUGAACUUGGGCAGUUUAGAUGGUAUGUAAUUGUUGUAAAUCAUCUAGCGUGUUCCUGUUAAUCUGUAUGUUUGAUAGAUGUGACAGAGCAGCCCAAAUGAAUAUAGUGUCCAUAUAUGGAGGUUACGCUGGGUGGAAAUCAAGACUAUCAUUCAUCACUUCUAUGAUAUGACUUAUAGGCUAGUAGGUACUCAUUACAACUGGAUGUAUUUAUUGCUUUAGACAACAACACAUGUUCUCUGUGUAGGAAGAUAUUUUAUUCCUGAUGAUCAUAAAUUUAUGAACACAUGACCUCUGUUCUUUUAAUGCAAUAAUGAGUUUAAUCAUGACAAUGUUUUGAUGUGAAUCAUUAGUUGGGUGUCUUGUUAAAGCUAAUGCUGCUGAUUUGUUUUUGUUUCCAUUCAUCCGUAUAGAGUUGAAUGAAUCUUACAAAACUUGUCAAGGAAAUAUCCUGGUCCUAUUUCAUUCAAAAGUGAAAAAUGUUAUUAUGUUAAUAAAUUAUAUUUUGCAUAGAGAAAAUUAAGCUAUUUUUAAGACCAUUUAAGAAACAUUGUGACAUUCUCAUGAAGGCUUCACACAUUUUAGAUUAGAGGUCAACCGAUAUAUCUGUUUUGCCGAUUAAUCGGCACCGAUAACAGAUUUCUGGAACUAUCAGUUACUGGCAAAAAUCCACCCCGAUAGUUUUUCCCUGGUGCUGGAGUGGCUAAGAAGGGUCCGCUGUCGUUAUACAGUAUGAGAGCGGCCUCUAGAGGCAAAAUAAAAAUCACUUCACUGAUGCCUUGUGGUGUUUGUUUUGACACGUGAGACUACAUUGCAUGGAGUGGAACACUUCAGAUGCGGAUAUAAAACAUCAACGAAAAGAGGGGAUCCGACGAACUCUUUUCCUCCUGCAUAUCUAACGGACCUUAUAUAAUGAGCUCGGGAGCAGCAAAUGGUAAUGACAGUAAGAAGUUCAAAGGAGACAUCAGGAGCCCAGGCAUUCCGUCACGAGUCAUUCAUGUACGCAAGCUUCCCAAUGACAUUAAUGAAGCAGAAGUCAUUUCUUUGGGGCUUCCCUUUGGCAAAGUGACCAACCUUCUGAUGCUGAAAGGAAAGAAUCAGGCAUUUCUGGAGAUGAACACUGAGGAGUCAGCACAAACCAUGGUCAGCUACUACUCCUCUGUCACCCCUGUCAUUCGGAACCACCCAAUCUUCAUGCAGUAUUCCAAUCACAAGGAGCUGAAGACUGACAAUUCACCCAACCAAGUUAGAGCGCAGGCAGCACUGCAGGCGGUGAAUGCUGUUCAGACAGGAGGCUUGUCUUUGAGCAGUGUUGAUGGAGCCAGCAUGGGGAGCCAGAGCCCUGUACUAAGAGUUAUUGUUGAAAACCUUUUCUAUCCAGUUACUCUUGAUGUCCUCCAUCAGAUCUUUUCCAAGUUUGGCACAGUUUUAAAGAUCAUAACCUUUACCAAAAACAACCAGUUCCAAGCUCUGGUCCAGUACGCAGAUGGAAUGACUGCUCAGCAUGCAAAGCUGUCUUUAGAUGGACAGAACAUCUACAAUGCGUGCUGUACCCUUCGCAUCAGCUUCUCAAAGCUCACCAGCUUGAAUGUUAAGUACAACAAUGAUAAGAGCAGAGACUACACUCGCCCUGACCUACCUACAGGAGACAGUCAGCCCUCCCUCGACCAACAGACGAUGGCUGCUGCUGCCUUGACUGCUCCUGGUAUAAUAUCUGCAUCGCCAUAUGCUGGAGCGCAUGGUUUUACACCAACAUUUACCAUUCACCAGGCAGCAGGUCUGUCUCUGCCUGGUAUGCCUCCUGGGGCUCUUGCAUCGCUCGGGGUCCCUGGCGCUGCGGCUGCUGCUGCUGGACGGUUGAGUCUCUCGGGUCUCACUGCUGGAGGGCACAGUGUCUUGCUGGUCAGCAACCUUAACCCUGAGAACGUUACGCCCCAAUGCCUCUUUAUUCUUUUCGGUGUGUAUGGUGACGUCAUGAGAGUGAAGAUUUUGUUCAACAAGAAAGAGAAUGCUUUGGUGCAGAUGUCUGAUGGAACCCAAGCCCAACUAGCUAUGAGCCACUUGAGUGGGCAGAAGCUGUAUGGUAAGGGUUUGCGGGUGACUCUAUCCAAACACACCAUGGUGCAGCUGCCACGUGAAGGCCAAGAGGAUCAGGGGCUCACCAAGGACUAUAGUAACUCUCCUCUUCACCGCUUCAAAAAGCCAGGUUCCAAGAACUACUCCAACAUCUUCCCUCCUUCCUCCACCCUCCACCUCUCCAACAUCCCACCUUCUGUCACUGAGGAGGAUCUCAGAGGCCUGUUUCUAAGUGCAGGAGCUGUGGUGAAGGCCUUCAAGUUUUUCCAGAAAGACCGUAAAAUGGCUCUCAUCCAGUUGGGCUCUGUGGAGGAAGCAAUCGAGUCGCUGAUCAAAUUUCACAAUCACAACCUGGGAGAGAACCAUCACCUCAGAGUGUCCUUCUCCAAGUCCACCAUCUGAUGGAGUGGUGUGGUCAGAAGCCAAUAUGUUUUAGAGAAGGAGAGAGGACCGUCACUUUAGACCAAACUUUAAGCCUUCCACAAUUUGUUUUAUAUCACUGUGGAUAUGUUUUCCACAACACACACUUCAUCAUUCCUUUAUUAUAAUUAUAUUCUCUUAUGUAUAUUUAUUUGUAUUUCCACUUUGUACCAGUAGACCAUAGGGAUACUUUAACGCAAUGUGUUGUUUGGGUUUAAUAGUACCUUUCUCAAACGGUUUGUCACAUAGACCUGAUUUCAGUGGCACACAUCGAUUUGGGAUCAUAGAUGCUGCGUAAUUUACACUUGUGCCUAUGCGGAAACCCGCACACCUUCAGGGUUGCACACACAAAGCCUUUCUUCAUUUGUUGAAACUAUCAUAAACCUUCCCAAGCCAACUCCCCUUUGUGUCUUUCAGAAAAAACAACAACUGUGCCUUACAUAGUGCUUAAGCAUAUAUCUUCACAGUGGCCUUGGUAAUAUCUAGGUGGUGUUUGCUCCAAUGCAGGAGCCAGUAACUUCAAAAUUGAAAAAUGUUCCCAAAUGGUCUGUUUAAAUUGACCAACAGGAGCCCAGUAAAAUGCACAAAUGUAAAUGGCAGCAAUUAGCAGUUCAGUUCUUUACAAGCUUUGGUUUUUUGCCUGAUUAUCACAUCUUAUUUGGGUUUUGCAUAUAGUUAAUCUAUACAUGUUGUUCUACUCCUUAUACCAUAUGUAUAAAAAAAAAAAAAAAUCUGUAUAACUAUAGUUUCCUUCCAUGUUAAAUAUUUUUUUUAAAGAAUCAUACAUUAUAUUUCUACACUAUCACAUCUGUUUGGGCAUUGGCCCACCACACUCUCUGUGCCUAGACUGCUACAUUGUCCUUUUAUUUGCAGAUAUGCAUUUUAAUUUCCUCACCUUUCCCUAUUGCCCUGCUUGUUACGGGUUUUGUCCAUUUAACGUGAAACCAAUCUGGUGUUCACAGUCUUUGAUUUUGCAUAAUUUUUGGUCAACUUAAUUGAGUUGAUUUAGAACUCAGAGCUCAAGUUUCUGUUGCCAUUCUCACCCUCAGUUGCCACGUCAAACAAUUAAAAAUUAGCAUGACUGAGUCUUAAGCUCCUGUGUAUUAACCGAGACUCCUGUGACAAGACUUUGGACUGUGUUUUGGCACGUCUUUGUGUAAGGUGUUGGGAAAAUCAUUAAGGCAAUGUUUUUAUAUAUAUAUAUAUAUAUAUAUAUAUAUAUGAUAUAAUAUUAUUUAUAUAUAUAUAUAUAUAUAUAUAUAUAUAUAUAAUAUAAAUGAUAUAUUAUAUAUAUAUAUAAUAUAUAUAAAAAAAAUUUUUAUGCAUUUAGUUUCAUCUUGUUUGUGGUGUGAAGAGUCUUGAUUCUCAGACGUUCCCUUGAACCUUUUAGCUUGUUCUUGUGUGUAGAAAAAAUGCUCUUGUUUGUUUGAGCCUUUGCAAUUUAGCAGAAUACUGGCAUUCCUGACAGGAGUUGAGUUUGUGUUUGAAUGGCUGUUAUUUUGCAUGAUGGACCAAAGCAUCUUCCCUGUUCUGCCAGCCAGUUUUGGCUUUUUCUUAUUGAAGUUGAUCUUACUGUGCAGCAAUAUUGUUUUCUUUAUCAGGAGCCUUGGUUUAGUUGGCAGGAGUCAAAGUUUAAAGGACCUUUGUCCAUGUUGCCUUAUUUGUUUUGCUUUUUUGUUAUUAACACCUUAAGAAAACAAUAUUACAAGCAAAAUAUAAAAUGUUGUAGGCUUUUUUUUUUUUUUUUUUG